AGCGUCUCUGCCAAUCCCACAUUUUUUUAUUUGAAAUAAAAUUAAUCACUCUCUCUCUCCCUCUCUCCCCUCACACUACUGACACUCUCCUAGAGAGAGAAACACUAAGCAGAGAUACAACCAGAUUUAAAUCACAAUCCCUCUAGAGAGAGAAACACGCAAAAGGCACUUCCUUCUCUCUCUUUCUCUCUCACUCACACUAUACCACCAUUUUCAAGCUCACACUUUCUCUCUCUAUCUCUCUUUCUCUCUCUCUCUCUCUCUCUCUCUCUCUCUAUAUAUAUAUAUAUAUAUAGAUAUCUGUAUACCUGUAUAUCUGUAUCAAUAUCAUAUAUAUAAUCUGAUUUGAAACCCUAGCUUCUGGAUCCUGAGGGCGAGGUGCAUUUGGAUGUGAGAUUCGUAGGUAGUAGAAUCGGUCAGAUCAGCUAUGGCGGAGUUGUCCGAAGAAAGGGGAGCGGUGGCUCCGGAGACAAGCAAUGGCGGUGCCGAGCCGACGGCUACUCCGACGCCGCCAGCGCCACUGACAGUGUCGGGAUCGUUCAAGGAGGGGAAGAGCUCGUCGCGGAGGAGGGCGUCGGUGAGGCCCAGCAUGGACGCCGACGAGUUCAUAAACCUGCUGCACGGGUCGGAUCCGGUCAAGGUCGAGCUCAAUCGGCUCGAGAACGAUGUCCGAGAUAAGGAGCGAGAGUUGGGAGAGGCCCAGGCGGAGAUCAAGGCCUUGAGGUUUUCUGAACGGCUUAGAGAAAAGGCCGUUGAAGAGCUCACUGAAGAACUAUCAAAGGUUGAGGAGAAGCUGAAGUUGACAGAGUCUCUUCUAGAAAGCAAAAAUCUUGAAAUAAAGAAGAUUAACGAUGAGAAGAAGGCUUCCAUGGCAGCUCAGUUUGCUGCUGAAGCCACUCUUCGAAGGGUUCAUGCUGCCCAGAAGGAUGAUGAUAUGCCACCAAUUGAAGCCAUUCUUGCGCCUCUGGAGGCUGAGCUCAAGCUUGCUAAGCAGGAGAUUGCAAAGCUUCAAGAUGAUAACAAAGCAUUAGAUCGUCUUACAAAAUCAAAAGAAGCUGCUUUACUUGAAGCUGAGAGGACAGUCCAGGUUGCCUUGGCAAAGGCCUCUAUGGUGGAUGAUCUCCAAAAUAAAAACCAGGAGUUAAUGAAACAGAUAGAAAUAUGCCAGGAAGAAAACAAAAUUUUGGACAAAAUGCAUAGACAAAAGGUUGCAGAGGUUGAAAAGCUUACCCAAACUGUACGGGAGUUGGAAGAGGCUGUUCUUGCUGGUGGUGCAGCUGCAAAUGCUGUGAGGGAUUAUCAGCGGAAAGUUCAGGAGAUGAAUGAGGAACGGAAAACUCUUGACCGGGAGCUGGCCCGUGCGAAGGUAACUGCAAACAGAGUGGCCGUAGUGGUUGCAAAUGAGUGGAAGGAUGCUAAUGACAAAGUGAUGCCUGUAAAGCAAUGGCUUGAAGAACGGAGAUUCUUGCAGGGAGAAAUGCAGCAACUUCGGGACAAGUUUGCUAUAGCUGAGCGAGCUGCAAAGACUGAAUCCCAGUUGAAAGAAAAAUAUCUAUUACGAUUAAAAGUGCUGGAGGAGAGUGUGAGGGGACCUUCUAAUAGUAACCCUCGCAGUACGCCAGAGGGGCGAAGUAUAAGCAAUGGGCCUUCUCGUCGUCAGUCAUUGGGUGGAGCAGAUAACAUCUCGAAAUUAACCUCCAAUGGUUUUUUUUCCAAGAGAACACCAACAUCUCAAUUUCGACCUUCUUUGUCCUCUAGUGCAGUAUUGAAGCAUGCUAAAGGCACUUCAAAAUCAUUUGAUGGUGGCACAAGGUCCUUGGAUAGGGGCAAGAUUCUCUUGAAUGGAACAAGCCCCAGUUAUACAUUCAACCAAUCUUGUGAGGGAACAAAGGAUGGUGAGGCAAAUAAUAACUGGAAAGGUGGUUCGGAUGAUAAGCCAAAUGAGUUCCAGGUGGUGGAUACAGAAGAUAGCGUCCCAGGGGUUCUGUAUGAUUUACUGCAAAAAGAGGUGGUAGCUUUGAGGAAAGCCGGCCAUGAGAAAGAUCAAAGCCUGAAAGACAAGGAUGAUGCUAUUGAGAUGUUAGCAAAGAAGGUAGAGACAUUGACCAAGGCAAUGGAAGUUGAAGCUAAGAAGAUGAGGAGAGAAGUAGCUGCCAUGGAAAAGGAGGUGGCUGCCAUGCGUGUAGAGAAAGAACAUGAGAAUAGGGCCAAGAGGUUUGGUAAUGUAAAGGGUCCGGUCAACAGUGCUCAGCUGCUUCCUUCAAGAAGUGUGGCUCGAGGUGGGUUGACACGCAGCACCCAAUGACUAGAAAUCUUGAUGCAGCGGCAGUAAAUCUGCAUAGGCCUUGUUCAUUUUUAUUUUUAUUUUUUUAAAUUUUCCCCUUAUUUCGUUCGUGAUUUGACUAUAUGUAACUGGCAUGCCGACGUCUCUACAUUGAAAUUGGCGGAGAGAAGAAAAUCCAAAAAUAGAACAGAAUCUGAGGAAGAAAUCGGUAUGCUUCUGACGUAGACUGUAAUUCCUCUGCUUAGGGCUCAGUAAAAAGCAAAAAGGAAGAUAAUUGACUUUGGGCUAACAUAUUGUCAGGUUUUCUUUGAGUGGGCCAGUGGUGUGGUUGUAUAGGUAGCUUAUUGGCUUUUACUUGUUCCUCUUCCAUUCUCAUUUUGCAGUUUAUAUUUGUAUUCUGUGUCUAGUGUGAUUGUUGUUGGUUCAGGUUUGUUAAUAUUUUUGUAAUCAGAUCAAGAUCAGAUGUUCUAUGGUUGUGUUAUUCAUCUAUAGUUCUCGUUGGUCAUAAAUCUAUUGUAGAAUCAUUACUCGA